ACCGUCGAGCGCAGGAUCGAUACUCAGCAGAACGAGUCUCAGUUUUUUCUUUGAUUCAUAUUUUUCAUUUCUUGUAUUUGCUACUUCAAAUAUUCUCCAAAGAUGGCGCUUUGUGGAGUAUGCAACAACAAUAUAUCUGUGUCACAAAAACGUAUUAAAUGUUCUAAUACAGGAUGCAAUAUUCACUAUCAUGCAGAUUGUGUAAAGUACAACGAAAACGUCAUUCAUCGCUCUAAAUGGGUGUGUCCAGUUUGUUUACCAAAGCGUUCUAAAGCAACUAGUAAUACUAAUACACCGAGUCAAAGCAAAGUCCAAUACGAUCAAGAAUUUGAAACCCCUCCAAGCGCUUCCAGUCUUUCAUUAGAGUCUAUUGUCAAUGAAAUACGUAGUUUCCGUAAGGAAAUUAACCUUAAAGUAGAUGAACAACAGUCGAGUCUUAAUAAAUUCAAUAUAUGCCUAGAAAAAAUGCAAGAAGAAGUUAAGGGCAUAAUCAAUAAAUUUUCAGCAUUACAAAAUGAUUUUGACGAAGUUACAGAGUCUUUAAAAUUUUUAUCUCACUCCCACGAUAACCAAAUUAACAUAAAUGAAGACUACAAAAACAGGAUAAUUGAAUUAGAAAAAGAGAAUAUGAAUCUACGCACCAACAUCACGGGACUCGAAUUCAAAAUGUCCUUAAUGGAACAACAGUCGCGAGAUUGUAAUUUGGAAAUUCAGUGUGUUCCUGAACAUAAAUCAGAAAACCUCUCGUCGAUUGUACACCAGUUAGCCAGUGUAGUGUCAUUUGAUCUACACGAUAAUGAUAUAGUUAACUUUCACCGAGUAGCUAAGAGGAACACAGAAUCUAAACGACCCCGUAGCAUUAUAGUUAAACUAUCAACUCCACGUAAGCGCGAUAACUUCUUAGCGGCUGUUAAAGUGUUUAAUAAAAAGAAUCCUCAAUCUAAGCUUAACUCAUCACAUUUGGGUAUUGCCAGCGGCAAGGAACAAAUUUAUAUUAUGGAACAUUUAUCGCCGGAUAAUAAGCGCCUACAUGCUGCUGCCCGUCUUGCAAUUAAGGAAAAGAAGUAUGAAUACGUAUGGGUUAGAAGUGGUCGAAUAUUUGUACGAAGAAAUGACACUUCUCCAGCUGUGUUUUGCUUAAAGCAGUUGUAG